UUAUGCGUCUUAGGAAGAGACGCAUGAGCGUCAUGCGUCUCUACUUCGAAUUAAACCAGCGGCGAAGGCAGUAGCUCCUCACUUACGAACGCAGACAGCAAACACUCACGGAGGCGGCGAUUUCUUCCUAGAUUCGGCGAAAGAAGACGAUUUCGACUUGUUUUCCGAUUAGAUGGCGACUUCAAGUUCUACUGGACAUUUAUUGUAUGGACCCGAAGACCCGUCCGUGUUAAAUAUGCAAAAAAAUCACAUUUCAAAUAAACUGAUGAAAGGGGGAACAACCCAAGUAUUUAAAGUCCGAAGGACUGAAAGUAAGACUUGGGACGCCGUGAUUCACGAGAAUGUAAGAUAUUGGCUUGACGUCUUUGGUUUCAAAGGCGUGAUCGAUUGUGGGAAGCCAAUGAAGGUCGACAAUGAGCUGAUCACGGCGUUGAUUGAGCGUUGGAGGCCGGAGACACACACAUUCCAUCUACCGAUCGGUGAGAGGACGAUCACCUUGGAAGAUGUGCAAGCCAUCUGGGGCUUGAGGGCGGAUGGCGUCGUUUUCACGGGUCGUGACUAUCAUGACAACUUUCCAGAUUGGACCAGCAAGUGCCGCGAUCUGUUGGGAUGGAUACCAGAUUCUUCCACAGAGACAAAGCAAGGCGGUUUGCUGAUGACCGCGCUGAUCAACCAGACAAGGAUGCCUCUGGGUGAUGACCUGCCUACUUACGUAUACAUCCAAAGAGCACGUAUCCAUGCCCUAAUUUUAUUAGGAGGUCUCAUUCUACCGGAUACCACGGGGUGUAAGGUGCCAUUUAUGUGGUUGAAUGGGCUUGGGGAUCCGGAAGAGGUGAAGAAUAUAAGUUGGGGAAGCGCGGCAUUGGCCUACCUUUAUCAUUAUCUAUGCGAGGCUUCCAUGGAUAAGAGAAAAGAGUUGGGCGGCCCUAUGAUCCUCCUGCAGCUAUGGGCGUGGGAAAGAAUGCCCACAUUGAGGCCUGCGUUCAUAGGACCAAAGGUGCACGAGCCAUAUACACCAUGUGGCGCCAGGUGGAGAGGAACAACGCAGAUAGGAAAUGCUCCAAGACACUCGUUUAUCUGGACGCCGUACGCACCUUUCACACUGCCUGACUACUGCAAUGAUGUGAAUGGAUGCUCUUUGUGCGAAACCUACUUGGUAUGUUGGGCCUAUGUCGAGGCCCAUGAGCCUGGAAGAGUACGCCGACAGUUCAAUCGGUACCAGGAUAUACCGCAGUCCGUAGACAGGAUGCUAAGGAACGCCGAUCAUUUGGGCAAAACUGAUCGGCGUGGCAAGAAAGGCAACAACUGGGCAAACACGCAUCAGUUCUACAUUGGGGAGUGGGACAUGAGGUUCGAAAGGUUCCAAGCUGCCCAGUAUGCCGCAUCGAUGUCCAUGGAUAUCCCCAUGAACCCGGGGUAUUUGGCUUUGUUGAGCUCGUGUAUCGCAAUAAGACUUUCCUCCCGUAGUGCACGUCGCCUUCUCACGUACUUGCGUACUUGAGUUGUGACACCCAAUGCCCAUAUCAUGCCUUUUGCUUUUCCUCCCUUACCCUUUAGUUUUGUCAAGAUAUUUUUCCUCACAUGGAUCAAACAAAAUUUGUGGUGACAUAUCGGCGGCUUUUUCCAUUCAUCUGAACGCAUAGCCUUGAGGAUUCCUUUGUGCCUAUCCGAAAUGAUGCAUACCUCCCUUUCGUACUUCACCACAUGAAUUCUGACAUGAUCCAAAAACCACUCCCAGCUGUCGCCAGUUUCUUCAUCAACAAUAGCAUAUGCAAUAGGCAGACAUUUCUUGUUUGCAUCAACACCACAAGCAA